AUGGGCAACCAUGUCUCGACACCCGGACCCAUUCGGGAUCUCAUAAGCAAAUUCGACCAGUUGGAUUUGUGUAGUGCUCAUAAGAACGAGAAGGAAGGUGUGGAGAAUAUCGAGCCACACAAGUUUAUUAUUAAUCAACAGCCGCUGUUCGACGAGAUUGAUUUGAAGAAGGACGCGAAUGGAAACGACGAGGAAAAAGAAGCCACAAAAAUUCCCAGUCUUCAAAUUUCAACAGACGCUGAAAGUGAUAGUGGAAUAUCCGGAUCGUCUCCAGCCAGCUCCAAACGAAACGUUGAAGUUCUGAAGGAUGCCAGAGAAGAUGAAGUGACGACGUCUACACCAUCGGAUGGACAUGAAUUCAGAAGUCUUCACGAUAGAAUGAAGGCAAAGUUACAGACGAAGAUGGAUGCAGCGAGCAAAGAUCUUGAGCAUGCUGAUGAUUAUCCGGAAAAGUGUGCGGAUUCGUUAAGAGCUGCUCAUGGAAAUGCACAUCUUCUAGUGCGGAAGAAGUUCUCGAAGUUGAAUGAAUUAAUCGAUAAGAACCUUAAUCCCAUUCCUGACGAUCCGAUGCCAGUGACUGUUCAAGAUUUAGAAGGAUUCUGGAUGACUAUCGAUAUGGAGUUAAAAGGAAUUUUAAAAGAAUUCACGAAAGUCGAACGGUACCGUGCUUCCAAUUGGGAUCCAAAUGCGAUAGAGGAAGAAGUAGACGCCGUUGAUACGACGAUAAAAGCUCCAAAGCCGAGACCAAUGACGGCGAAGAAGGUUGCUCCAAUUGUAUCAGAAGAGACCAAAAAGAAAUUAGCUGAGCAGAAGGCACUCGCCGAACAAAGAAGGGCGGAAAUGCGAGCCCAGAUGCGCCGAAAAAUGAAGGCUAAAGUCCAGGAUGAGCAGCCAGCAGUGUUAGGAGCAUCGGAAGAAUGCUGA